AUGGCUGCUAGAGUGUUGCUACAACGGCGCGCCGCGCCGUUAGCAGCGACGGUUAUGCUGGGAGGAUUCGCCCUGGCACCCCGAACUGCCUACGCUGAAGCUCCCGAGAGCAGCCACUCCAAGAAGCCCAUCUACGACGACCCGGAGCUCCCCGCGACGAGCGGCACCCUCCCUCCUCCGAUCCCCCGGGCCGAGCAGCCUCCCCAGGCCGAAGAACCCAAGUCGCGAGGACCUACCCCUACCGACCGCCUCGCCGUCCAGAUCGGCAAGGCGCGCCUUGCCCUGUACCAGUACGCCGUCGGUGCCGAGGACGCCGUCAACCGGACGAUGGACAAGGCCUUCAACCUAGAGCAGUCCUUCACGGGCACGAUCGCAUCCCUCGCCCCGCCCCGCGAGAGCGGCGAGAAGCUGAUGCCCGGUGCCAUCUACGUCCUGGUCGCCGCCAUGGCCGGCAGCAUCGUAACCCGCAACCGCAGCAUCGUCCUACGCGCCACGGCGCCCCUGGCUUUCGGUAUCACUGCGGGUUGGACCGUCCUGCCCAUCACCAUGGGCAACGUCUCCAACCUCACCUGGAAGUACGAGCAGCGUUUCCCCGUUAUUGCGCAGGGCCACCUCAAGCUUCGCGAGAGCAUCGAGAACAGCUGGAGGAUGGCGAGGCUCCACAGCGAGAUUGGUGUACGAUAUGUUGAUGAGAAGGUCACGGAUGCCCGGGAAACCGUCGAGGACUGGGUGAAGAAGGGCAAAUAA